UCACAGGUACCGUGUGACGUCACCAGCUCCUUCCAUGAAUGAAAACAUGGCGGCUGCCAUGGAGCUGAGAUGCUGGGGAGGAGACUGGGGUUUGCCUUCAGUCCACACCGAGUCUCUGAUAGUUCUGGCAUACGCCAAGUUUUCUGGGGCAAAAGUCACAGUGUCCCCUAUAGACUGGACAUGGAAAACUCUAACAGCAACAGUCCCAGAGUUGCUUUGUGGAGACUCUGCAGUUCAAGAAGCUACACAGAUUCUCAACUUCCUGCGAAAACAGAGGUUUAAUGCAGACUAUGAGCUGACAGCCAGACAAGGAGCAGACACCAUGGCAUACAUCGCUCUGCUUGAAGAGAAACUACGACCAGCUCUGUUGCACACUUUCUGGGUAGAUGCAGAAAACUACGCCAAUCUGACACGGCCAUGGUUUGCUUCACGCUCGCCGUUCCCUCUCAACUUUCUCGUCCCUAGUCGCCUUGCCAACAUCGCCCUCUCCCGCAUCCUUCUAACCAAAGGAGAGGCACCCCUACACAGAAUCACUGAGGUGGAGGGAAAGAUCUACAGUGAUGCUAAAGAGUGCCUGAAUCUCCUCUCCUACAGACUGGGAACAGCAGACUAUUUCUUUGGCAACUCGCCAACCAGUCUGGAUGCCUUUGUGUUUGGCUUUGUGGCUCCACUUUACAAAGCCAGUCUCCCCAGCAGCCCUCUGCAGAGCCACCUCAAACAGCUGGAUAACGUCACACGCUUCUGUGACAAUGUCCUCGCAGUCUACUUCAGCUCAGACCACCCUUGUCCUACCCCACCUGUUCAGGAAACAAUGGAUGCCAAUCUCCAGAAACUAACUCAGCUUGUAAAUAAAGAGUCCAACUUGAUAGAGAAGAUGGAUGACAACCUCCGCAGCAGCCCACAGCACAAACCCCACAGACCAGAACCCAAACCCAGUCUGGCCAGUGACAAGAGCUCUACCCCUGCCUAACCCAUGACCUGUCAACCCUGAUCCAGCCUAAUGAAUGGAGGAGGAACAACCUUUAGAUGAAAGGUGCAGUUCUGAAUCUGACUCAACCUCAUCCUGAAAUCAAAAAAACUGUCAUCCUGCUGAACUAUAACUUGAAUGGCAAAUAACUUAUGGAAGUAUGACCAUGUAAUUAUAAAAGAGACUAUUUUACAACAAGAUAAUGAUGAUAGAUUUCAAAUAUGCUAGUCUGAAAGAGAAGGGAAAGUGCAUGUGUGAGGUUUUAAAAGGUUGAGCGCAUGUAUGUGGUUAAGGAUGGAAUGCUAUGAAGUGGUUUUCGAUGAAAGACACAGAAAGUUCAAAGGGAAACCAAAAUGAAAUGUAAAGUCCAGCAAGGAAAAGAAGUGGCACUGAUUGACUUCAGAGUGGUCAGUUUUUCUUUUAACCUCUUAUUUCCCCCUUUUGUCUUCAGUAAGAAAUAUCUAUUUUAUGUUUUUCCAUUCUUCAUCAAACUACAGUUGAUGCACCGUAGGAAAUGCCCUCAUCUGCCUCUGAGGACAUCAAAUUUACUGACACAUUAGUCACUGUGGUAAAACCAGCUAGAGCACCUUAUGGCAAGGUUUAUUUAAUUAUCUUAUGUUACCCACUACUACUACAUUUUAGGAAUUUGUGCUUAUCGCGGAGGAUCUGAGAUCCUGUAGCACCCUUCUGAGCACACGUCCUUCCUCAUAACCACUGUAAAAAUGUUCUGUAAAUUCUAUUAACAUUUUAAUUAGCGUAAUGUUCAGUAUGUAUGCAUUCAGGACUACAGGAAUAACCAGUCACUUAUUUUGCUUUGCUCCCACCUACUCUGCUUUGUAUAGCUUGUAUGGCUGUAAAUAGUUUCAUGAUUACAAUUAAUGCAAUUUAUUGUGGUUUCCUCUAAUAGGGCUGAUCAGCUUGUUCACGAUCUUUGUUAAAUACAGUGAGGUAAUGGAAAGGCCUUACACACUGUAUUAACGUAUUCAUGCAAAAUAUGUGGGACUAAUGUGUGUCUGUGUGUGUGAGUUUUCAGAAACCAGUGUGUCUUUCAUUAUUGUAUCUUCAGGAUGUUCUGUGUAAUUAACAAUCCACUCACAUCUGUUGUUGCCAUGAUUUUUCUUUUUUUGAACAUUUAUUUCAUUUAGAUUUGUCUGCCGUGUUGCCAUUUGCUGUGCCUAUUUAACAGUCACCUUGUUGAAACUGACACUCUGUCCCAUUUGGGAAUGUCUCAUUUGCUGCCUUUUUUUUGCUUUAUUUUUACUGUCUGAAGUGUUUGUAUUUUACUGUCAUUGUUCCCUAAUAUCCUCACAGCUCAUACAUUACUGUAUCUUCUCCAUGUGAUUGCUUUCAUGAUUUCUCAGUCUAAAAGUAAUAAUACUUGUAGAGAUACUUGGGCUUUUGCAACUUCCAAAAAAUAUCACCUCAUGGUUACAUUCCCUUUAAAUAUCCUGAAACAAAAGGGGUAUGUGUGCAUUGCCAAACACAAAAUGUUGUUGGACUACAAAUAGGUUUGUGUGGACCAUAUGGGUGCAGUGUGCCUUCAUGACUGCUGGUGUGUUUAUACAAUUCCCAAAAUGUUAACUGUGUCCUUUAUAAUUUUGAUACAUUGUCAUACAAUUAUCUUUACAUUUCUGUUACAGUUGUUCAUUCUCUGUGGAUGGUUGGUAACAACUGACUUCAUAUUAUAUAAAUACGUAUAUGAUAAGCCAA